AUAAGGCUAGCCAUCAUUGGAGACGUGCACAGCCACUGGUAUGAAGACGAUGCAGAUGCACUGGAGAGCCUGGGAGUGGACGCUGCUGUGUUCAUUGGGGAUUUUGGGGAGGAGGCAGUUGGCCUGAUCAGGCGUGUGGCCGAUGUGCGCACGCCGAAGGCUGUCAUCCUCGGCAAUCAUGACGCAUGGUACUCGCUAACGGCAUGGGCGCGCAACAAGUGGAUUAUGAGCGGGGCGGCGCGGGGAGAUGCAGUGUACGCAGGGGUGACGAAGCAGCUGGAGAUCCUUGGGGACAACCACGUGGGCUACGGGAGCAAGAGCUUCGUUUCAGCCUCUGGCGUCCCUUUCAGCGUCGUGGGGGCUCGCCCCUUCUCCAAGGGAGGAAAUUCCUGGACUGACGUGGCUACAUUCUAUAUCGAUAAAUAUGAUGUAUAUGGUUUUAGCGAUUCUGCAUACAGGAUCGCUCAGGCAGUGAAAACUCAACCUCAGGAGAACACAGUCAUCGUGGCAGCGCACAACGGUCCCUCUGGCUUGGGCAGCAGCCAUCAUGACAUCUGCGGGGCAGACUUUAAGCCCAAAGCAGGAGAUCAUGGGGAUCCGGACUUAGAGACGGCAAUGGGUUAUGUGGAGGCAUCAGGCCUGCAUGUGCCGCUGGUCACCUUCGGGCACAUGCAUGAGAGUCUCAAAUUCGGCAAGAAGACGCGCAACAUGAUCGAGAUUCAUCCCGACACGGGGACGGUUUACCUCAACACCGCAGUCGUGCCUCGUGUC